AAAUCAACUCAGUUGACUCUUCAAACAAUGCUCCAAAACCAGGGUUGCCCAUAAAACACCCCUCUAUCCAAACAAUGCUCCAAAACCAGGGUUAGCCAUGGCUCUUCUUCCUGUGUUCCGCCAUUUCCUCACACACUUAUACCAUCACUCUUCUAAACCCACCUCCUCCACCACAGCCAUAGCCAUAAUCCGUACCUUUAAAACCCUAUCACCUCUUUUCCUCUCUUCCUCUCCCCUUAAACCCAUAUCCGCCUCAAAUCCCCAUUUCUCUUCCACAGAGAAUACCUUGAUAUUAAACAAAGAUGAACGGGUCGGGUUGACUUCACCAGGCAUAAACCCACCAGACCCGGAAGCGAAUUCAAGUAGUACGAUUGCUGCCAUUGUUACUUCUUUAGGUGGGCAAGCGAGCGCAGUAGGCAUUGUAAGGUUAUCUGGUCCAUCAGCAGUAAACAUAGCCAGCUCUGUUUUUCGUCCAUCAAAGAAAAGGAAAAAGAAAAACUUUUCUUGGAAUCCCACAAGUCAUGUGGUAGAAUAUGGCAUGGUCGUUGACUCUAAUGGCGAUGUUGUUGACGAGGUUUUAGCGAUUCCAAUGUUGGCUCCAAGAUCAUACACACGAGAAGAUGUUGUGGAGUUACAAUGUCAUGGAAGUGAUGUUUGUUUACAUCGUGUUCUAAGAGCUUGUCUAGAAGCUGGAGCAAGGCUUGCAGAACCAGGUGAAUUCACCCUUCGUGCAUUCCUAAAUGGUCGUUUAGAUCUUUCUCAAGCAGAAGAUGUUGGAAAACUCAUAUCAGCCAAAUCCAUGGCUGCAGCUGAUGCUGCAUUAGCAGGAAUUCAGGGUGGUUUUUCUUCACUUGUGAAAUCACUAAGAGCACAAUGCAUUGAGUUGCUUACAGAAAUAGAAGCCCGAUUGGAUUUUGAUGAUGAAAUGCCACCAUUGGAUAUGGAUUUAAUCUUGAACAAGAUUCAUGAAAUGUCACAUGAUGUAGAAAGUGCAAUGGAAACAGCUAAUUAUGACAAAAUUUUGCAAUCGGGAUUACAGAUUGCCAUUAUUGGUCGCCCAAAUGUCGGGAAAUCUAGUCUGCUCAAUUCAUGGAGCAAGAGUGAAAGAGCGAUAGUUACAGACAUUGCUGGAACAACAAGAGAUGUUGUGGAAGCCAAUGUAACAAUUCAUGGAAUCCCAGUUACAUUACUCGAUACAGCUGGAAUCAGAGAAACUGAUGAUAUUGUUGAGAAGAUAGGCGUUGAGAGAUCAGAAGCGGUUGCUAUGGGCGCUGAUGUUGUAAUCAUGGCGAUUAGUGCUGUUGAUGGAUGGACCACAGAAGAUGCCAAAUUGCUCGAUAAGAUAAAAAAUAAAGGUGGUUCUGGAUCUCCGAUGAUAUUGGCAAUCAACAAAAUCGAUUGUGCCCAAUUUUCAUGUUCUGAAUUGGUCAACGCAAUUGGUCAAACUUUUGAUAAGUAUAUUUAUACAUGUGCGAUUACGGGUGAAGGGAUUGAAGAUUUGGAGACUGCAGUUCUUGGGCUUGUGGGCCUACAAAACAUUCCUUCAGGUGGAAGGAAGUGGGCCGUGAACCAGAGACAAUGUGAGCAGCUUCUACGAACAAAGGAGGCUUUAAUGAGAUUGAAGACAUCAAUGGAGGAUGACCUUCCGUUUGACUUUUGGACUAUAGAUUUGAGGGAUGCUGCAAUUGCACUUGGGGAGAUAACUGGAGAAGAUAUAUCAGAAGAAGUUUUGAGUAACAUUUUUGGUAAAUUUUGUAUUGGUAAGUAGUAAUUAAUUGUAGUGUUUUUUUGUAUUUCUGAUAUAAGCUAUUGUGACACCAUAUGCA